UCUAUUAGAACUCCGGUCGAGGGGGCUGCGGUCGGCGCACUUCUCUCCGCCGCUACCUUUCGGUGAACUUGUUGCCCAGGUCUUGUCUUUACACCCGAUUCAGCCGGCUGCUUCCUUUCCGACGUGUUCCUGCUCCCGUUCGCGCCGAGCGAAAGUAUAAACAAGAAGAAAAAUGUCCGGCUGCCUGAGUGAUCAGGAGGCGGAGAAGUGCUGCUCCGAGCCGGACCCGGCGACGCGGGGCUUCAUCAUGCAGCAGACCAUGUACCGCAUACGGGAUCCCAAGGCAUCGCUCGACUUCUACACUCGCGUUUUGGGCAUGAGGCUGCUGCAAAAGCUAGACUUUCCCGAGAUGAAAUUCUCGCUUUACUUCGUGGGAUUCGAGGAGUCCGUGCCCAAGACGAACACACCGCAGGAGCGCGCCGAGUGGGCUUUCGGUCGCAAGGCUACCAUCGAGUUGACGCACAACUGGGAGGAUCACCCAGAAGGUGGCUAUCACAAUGGGAACACUGCUCCCAGAGGAUUUGGCCACAUCGGCAUCAUGGUUCCAAAUGUCGCAGAAGCAUGCGCCCGGUUUGAAAAGCUUGGUGUAAAGUUUGUCAAGAAGCCUCACGAAGGAAAGAUGAAGAACAUCGCCUUCAUUCAGGACCCGGACGGCUACUGGAUUGAGAUCCUCAACAACAAGAGUGUCAUCCAAGACGUGUUUAAAGAAUGAAUCGGCAUUUUGUACUCCACGUGAAAGAGCCCGAAAUGAGCUCAGAGUGCCUUUCCUUACAUUUCUACGAACGAUUUUUCAAAAAGUCUUUGAUGCGCAUAGCCAAGUCAAGGCCAACCAGUGCAAAGACUACUACUGAUGUGUCGGACAAGAUAUCUUGUCCAAGUGCUACGGAAAAAUUAAAUAAAAGACUGAACACAUUCUAUUGCAAUGAGUUGAAGCAGAAGUCGGCGUAAAAGUAACCAUGCUACGUCAUUUGUUCAGCUCCUUUAGGAUACAGUGUAGACUCCGUUUCACACUUCACGUGCAAUGGUGUGGAAGCUACGCAAGUUUAGGUCUGCAAGAUGUGCAAGUCCACAUGUCUUGCGCUUGAAUUUUUUCACUGUAUAAACGUUUCCUCUGCAAUUGA